AUGACCAUUAGAUUCAUCAAGAACUUUUAUUUCGAUUACCCACAGACCAACUCACAAAUUCUCUUGACUGAGACGCAUAGAGCAAAUACCCUCAUGAUUUGGACAGAUUGUGAUCGCGAGGGAGAGAACAUUGGGAACGAGAUUGUCAAGAUCGUUGUGAAGAGAGCAAGGUUUAGCGCUAUAAUUCCUCAAGUUUUUCCGCCAAUAAAGAACUCCAUCGAUCUUGACAUGGCUCAGGCCCAUGUUGUUAAGGCGCGCAUUUUCCUUGACCUAAGAAUAGGUGCCGCAUUCACGUGUCCCUGUCAAUUUCCGACACUCGGGUUUGUCGUCCAAAGAUACAAUCAAGUCAAGUCCUUUGUUCCUUCAAGAAACUAUGUGAAGAAGGCCAUUACCUGGGCGUCGGACUACAACCUCAAGCUCAUCAUUGACCUGCAUGGUGCCCCUGGGAGUCAGAACGGGUGA